AUGGCGGACCCCGCCGUCUCUGCACUCAACUCGCUCCUCAGGGGCACUGAGAUCGACGACCAUGAUGAGGUUCUGAGGUUGGCAAAUGCCGCAAUUCGGUCUUCGUCUUCCCCCAGCAGCCCCGAGUUCCGCACUGCACAACAGGCCAAGGUCGUGGCCCUGGUCAAGCUGGACCGCUACGAUGAUGCCCUUCGCACAAUAGCCGACGGUGGUGACCGCCUCGCCACUGACUGUGCCCUCGAGAAUGCCUACUCCCUAUACAAGACCGGCCAACUGGACGCCGCAGCACAAGUUUGCACAAACUUCAACACCGGCCACAGCAGUAGCAUGCGUGGCGCGCGGCACGUUGCCGCCCAGGUCGCCUACCGAGCAGAGAAGUUUGCCGAGGCCGCCAGGAGCUACCAAGAACUGCUAGAAACCGUUGCAAGGGAAGGUCAGCCCGGCGAAGAGGGCGAGCUGAGGAUCAACAUGCUGGCUGCUGCAGCCCAGCUUGAAUGGGCUGGCAAUGGUCACCAGGUUGCCGAGUCGGAGAGGCAAACGUCAAGGAGGGACAUGGAGACGUUCGAGACUGCCUUCAACGCUGCGUGCGGUUGCAUGGCAAGGGGCGACUACGGCAAGGCCGAAGUGCUACUCAAGAGGUCCAGAGCCUUGUGCGAGGCGUCAGAAGAGCUGAGCGAAGAAGAGAAGCAAGCAGAGUUGAUCCCCAUCCUGGUCCAAGCAAGUUAUGUCCUUACCAGGCUCGGCAAAAACGAUGCAGCGAUUGAGUGCCAGAGCUCAAUAAGCAUAUCUGAUAUAUCGGACGAGUCAGCAAAAUUCGUGGCACAGAACAACUCACUUGUGCUCAACCACGGCGAGAACCCAUACAUGACGGCUCGCAAAGCAGAAACCCUUUCAAUACCAACAGGCAACAGCAAACCUUUUGAGUGCCAAGCUUCCAUAUUAAGACGAAACAAACAGGUCAUUGAGCUACAAUGCCAAAAAUUUCGCGGUGUCCGCUCAAGGACUGCGUUUGCCCUGAAGAGGGAAUCGCCUGACGCACCUAGCAUUUCGCCCGCAGCCACAAACCUCGGAGUUCUGCACGCCGCAGCAGUCUCUCACCUGCAGACUGGUAAAGAGGCCUUGAAGAGCAUCCUGCCGCUACUCGAAUCAAGGCCCGACGACAUUGGCCUUCUCCUCACCAUCAUCCAGCUUUACAUCCAAACAGCAAAUCCGCAGCCGGGCCUUGCCCUCCUAGAGGCUCUCUUCAGGCGUCUCGAAUCGGCCACAAGCCAAGAUCACUCAGACGUGAGGUUUGCUCCAGGUCUGGUCGCUCUCGCUGUGGCCCUAUAUCGCCUACAAGGUCGCCGCGCUGCAAUCCGGGCCGAGCUGGCCCGAGCAGCUACCUACUGGCAGCACCAAACAACCAGGGAAGCGGGCAGCGCAACGUCGUUACUCCGCCAUGCCGGCAUGGAGCUCUUGCACUCACAAGAUGAGGAAGAUCUCGCUACCGCUGGCGAUGCAUUUGCUCUGCUUUGCAAACAGCAGCGCGACCGCCUCGCUGAGGCUGGCCUUGUGGCCAGCUUCGCCACAAGCGAUCGCUCACGUACGCAGCCCUACCUCGACAACCUCACUCCUGUCGAUAAGCUUACCGAGGGUGUGGAUAUUUCUGCUCUUAUCGACGCUGGCGUUGCUGUCCUUACGCCAACGCCCGUAGCCGGCAAGAAGCGCUCGGCGGAUGGGUUGGCAGCAACACAAGAACCGGCCAAGAAGCAACGCCGCAGCCGUGCGAAGCUACCCAAGGACUACGACCCAGACAAGCAACCAGACCCAGAGCGAUGGCUGCCGCUGCGUGACAGGAGCACUUACCGACCCAAGGGUAAGAAGGGCAAGAAGCGUGUCGCCGACUCUACGCAGGGCGGUAUGGUUAAGGAGGAAGGCGAGAUGCUCGAGCUAGUGGGUGGCGCCGGGGCUGUCAAGGUCGAGAAGGUACCGCAAGGAGGUGCAGGCAAUAAGAAGAAGAAAAAGGGAAAGAAAUGA